AUGCAGACAAAUCAAACCACUGUGACUGAGUUCAUCCUUGUUGGAUUCAUGGACCACCCAGAGCUUCAGAUCCCCCUCUUCAUCUUCUUUCUGCUCACCUAUCUCAUCACUCUGGUGGGAAACAUUGGGAUAAUCAUUCUAACCACAACUGAGGCUAGGCUUCACACCCCAAUGUAUUUUUUUCUUAGAAAUCUCUCCAUUGUAGAUAUUAGCCUUUCUACCACCAUUGCUCCUAAAUUAUACAACCUUGUGAUUGAACAUUCGACCAUUUCCUUCACAGGAUGCACCACACAGUUCUUCUUUUUUGUCAUCUUUGUGACCACUGAAGCUUGCCUUCUGGCUGUGAUGGCAUAUGAUCGCUUCAUAGCAAUCUGCUACCCAUUGGUGUAUUUUGUUGUCAUGUCAAAAAAGCUUUGCAUCCUCUUAGUCACAGCUGCCUAUGCUUGUGGCUUUGUAAAUUCAGCAGUGCACACCAUAGUUAUUUUUAGCUUGAAUUUCUGCAACUCAAAUACUAUUAAUCAUUUCUUCUGUGACGUUCCUCCACUUCUUGCAUUGUCCUGCUCAGAUACACAGAUUGCUCACUUUGUGAAUUUCCUUUUAUCCGUGUUCGGAGGGACAACUUUUCUGAUUGUUUUGAUCUCCUACAUUGCCAUUGUUAUUGCCAUCCUGAAGAUCAGCUCUGCCCAGGGAAGAUACAAAGCCUUCUCCACCUGUGCCUCCCAUCUCACCACUGUGACCAUUUUCUUUGGAACCAUCAUCUUCAUGUAUGUAGGACCUGGCUCCAAUUUCUCAUUGGAUAAAGACAAAAUUAUAUCCGUCUUUUAUACUCUCAUCAUCUCCUCACUUAAUCCAUUCAUCUAUAGUCUGCGGAAUAGGGAAGUGAAGGAUGCAAUUAGCAGAAUGCUAGACAAGAUAACAUUGCUGAAAUAA